AUGCCCCUUUGCAAGGCCCUAAGGUGGGGGCUCUGCAAUGCUGCCGCCCCCUCCCCAGAAGACUCCACCUUGGCAGCGGUGCAUCCUGUGCUGUUUCUGGCAGGCAUUGUGGUCAAACAGUGUUUGGCAGCAGCCGCUCUCCCUGGGCUGGGCUGCGUGGAGGAGGAGGCAGCCCUGCAGGGCGGGCCCAGGGCUGGAAGUUGGAGAGGAAGGCGGAGGACGACGCCUGCCCCGGCGUUUGCGUUUCCUGGGGUUGUUCCCACCCGCGGGCCUCUGAUUGCCGCGUGUGUCUUGCGUGAGUCCUUUGCAGGCAGUGGCCUGUGGGACCCGAGCAAAAGGGCCGAGGGUCGCGGUUCGCCGGGAGUUCUCGACGGGUCCCGCUCGCAUCACCGCGAGAGCUCCCGAGUGAGCGUAGCCGCUGCAGACCGCGGAGCUGGGGCCCGGAGCUGCUGUCCGUCCGGCUGGCGCAACGGUCGUCAGGGCCGGAGCCUGGGUGCCCCCGCCCUCCUUCCGGCACACUGCCCUGCACGGAAAAGUGCGGGAGCCCGGGGCGGGCCGUGUUCCCGCUGCGUACCGGGGCAGAAGCCUUCCCGAGGCGCGGUUUCCCGGAUCUCAGCUGCUAGCAGACGGGAAAGUGGCUGGAGCCCCCUCCGACUCCGGCGCCCCUGCCCACCUGGUCCGGCUGCAGGAGAAGCAGGUCUGGUGGGACGUGGUCGCGAUUGGCGUCCCAGGCCCAGUAGCUACGCCGCAGGACAGGAUGGGCUGCCUGUUUUUAAAGGGCUCGCGCAGACAUCAGCAGCAUCUCCCCAGGCCUUCCUAUCUUGGUUUGACCCCAAGCAAGGCUGACCCCAGCGGCUGUGGGGAUUCUCUGCGUGGGAGAUUACUUGAUGGACAUCUAUUUCCAGUUUUCCUCUUAUUGAAAUAGUGAUGUGAUAAGUAUCCUUGGACAUACUCAUAAAUAAACAUUUUUGUAUGUUUA